AUUGGUCGAGCAGAAACCGAGGCAUCGUUUGAAUUCAGCGCUGUUGGUACUGCUUCCUGUGGAACACAACAGCAGAUAAUACAAGAGCUGUGUCCAUCUCCGGUACCGAAUCUAAAACCUGCGUAAUAAGGGACUGGAAUCCCAGUGUGGAACCCAACCUUUUAAAACAGCAGCUCACAUUUCCCCAACGGUGAGUUUGAAAGUGGGUCGUUGUCUCAAACUUCCCUCCACUUGGAACCCGAAUUACGUGAGACCGUGGCCUCUGUACUUCUCUUCUGGCCGUCCCCUGUAUAUCGGACAGCAUGACUCGUGAUUCAUCAAGCAGCCGUAGAAAGCCCAAAGCACCUGUCCGUCGCCCCCCGAAGCCUGUCCCUGGAACACAUGCCCCAGCUGAAUCCCCAAGAAGAAGUGGUGCCUCCCUGAGGUCUUCAAGAGCCUCUCCCAAAAAGAAGAAGUUCCGACCAGGAACCAGGGCCCUAAUGGAGAUCCGGAAGUACCAGAAGAGCACCGAUCUUCUCCUCAGAAAGGCGCCAUUCGCCCGACUGGUUCGGGAGGUGUGUCAAGGUUUUACCAUACAAUGUCACCGGUGGCAGGUCUAUGCUCUCAUGGCCCUGCAAGAGGCUGCAGAGGCAUUUCUCGUCAUGCUUUUUUCAGAUGCCAACCUGUGUGCCAUCCAUGCCAAGAGAGUCACAGUGUUCCCACGAGACAUUCAACUGGCCAGGAGGAUCCGUGGGGUUCAUUCCAUAUAAAGCCAGCUGAGAGAAUCCCAGCAUCAUUAAGAUACUGUGUAUGUUGUUCUUUCCCUGUUUUCAAUACAUUUAACUCAUUUCAUAUUGAUGUGUACAUUUUGUUCAUUAGUAAACUUAUUUUUUCAGCAAUAUGGUUGCUUUGUUUUGUCCUUUCUUAGUCUUCCAUUUCUCUAUACCCUUUUAAAAAAAACGGCUUUCAGAGAUGUGCAGGGAUGUUUACAUUGUUUAUGUGGAUACCUGAAUACUCUGAAAUAUAGAAAUGUUAGGUACAAGCUAAAGAAAAUAGCAGGGUAAGAUGUAUCAAGUUUAUUCCCACAAAUAAAGGUCACUUUACAAGACGGAUUCAUUUAAAGUCCAGUUCAGCCAAAAUUCGUUCCAUCCAGGUCAAUACAGUCAGACCAGUUUCAGAUAGCCUACAACAAUCAUACGCAUUUGAUCACACAAGUUGUAAAAAGUUGUCUACGUAAAUGAGCAAUGCUCAUAGAAGGUUCCCUGCAGUUCAUUCCUUCAUCCUGAGCAAACAUCGGGAAACGGUAAAAAGUAACUCCCAGAUUAACAGGAGAAAACCUCUCGCAUUAACUGGCUCAGUGUGAGUGGCAUCUGCAGCAACCAACUGGUGGGAAAAAAGGAAAGAUGACCACAGAAGCACAGCCAAAAUGAGAAAGCAAAGUAAAGGCGUUCUCUUUUUGCUUUUUUUGUUUUUUCUUUUGACUGAUUUUCCCUCCAGCACAUGUGGUGCUGGCUGCAGAACCAUAGGCGGAGCUGAAGCAGCUUCAACCCUGCUCACCAACCCUAACCGUACCUCAGCUGCAGCAACAUGGUUGGGCUAAAAUGCACAUUCACGCUAGUUUUCAAGACCAUUGCCACAUGUCUAAUAACUUUUUGUUGAGUUCAUGCUAUUUUUCUGAAGAUUGACUGAUUUAUACAAUUGCAUAAAUUUAA